AGAUGGUAGAUACUCAUUUGGUUGUGACGGGGGCUCUCUACUUUUUCGGCUCUGUAUCCGGGCUUGCGGUUGCCAUUCCAAUUGGGCUGACGCUUAUUGGUUUUGAUGGUAACUGCUUACUAUAUAACGAUGUUGUGUGGGAGACCAACACGACAUUUACCAUGACGUUUGGAGCAAAUGGCAUCUGUCACUUCGCAUGCUACAUGCCUUUGGCGGGCUGUGCAUUGUAUGGCUGUGGAAUGACAGUGUACUACAUGUAUGCUAUAUGGGUGGAAUAUAGAAGGGGAUCAAGCAUUGGUUCACAGAUGUGGGUGAUGCCAUGGAUACUUCUGAACUCGUUGGUAGCUGUACUUAUAUUUGCGUGUGGGAUCCUUAUUGCAAUUGGACUGGCCAACUUGUGCAGUAGCCUCCUGGCAGGAGAACACAAAGGGAGUCAUAUAGAUACAUGCAUGGGCUUUGAAGGGAACAUCAACUUCGGUAGCACGUAUAAUUCGGCAAGAUUCUAUACUCACUACAUGGUGGCAAUGGUGUGUUGUUUUGUCAGUUGCCUGACAUGGGCAACACUAGCAGGUCUGGCUUUCCUGCGGCUGCGGCGAAAUCAAAUAGAAAGGGCUGGUACUGGAGUUCCAACCGAGUGUGCAACUUCUAUCAAUGAUUAUAUGCGAUUCGCAAAUGAACCUGCUUUUUAGCCUUCAUACGGCCAGCAUAUGUGUUUUCCCUGUCGUUACGUCUUAAUUGUGCCUUAAAUCUGACAUGGUACUUAUUGACUGACUAGUAGUUUCUCUAAUGUAGUAAGAUUUAUCAAACCUAGUGAAACUGGUGAAUUUAUGUGCUUGCUUGACUGUCUCUCAACAAUCAAGAGACAUUUCUUGACUUUAUAUCGCACACCUUGACAAGGACUAAUGCUAUUAGCCAAUCAAAUAGGAUGGGAUGAAAAAGUGUUACUAAAUUGUUACAUGUCAGUGUAAUAUUUUAUCGCUAUUAGGUGCAAAUAUAGCAUGCAUGAUUAUUGUUUC